AUGCCUACACCAUCUUCAUCCCCUCCCCAAAAGCAGGUCACGCUGCCGGUAGAGGUCUGGUUGCAGGUGUUCCAGCAUCUCCAGCGGCCCCUACCGAAGCCCCGCAAUAAAGACAAUAAGCGCUGGACACUGCGCCAACCUCAUCUGGCCAAGCUUCUCCGAGUGAGCAAGUACUUCUACAACAUUGCAGCACCACUGCUAUACUCCACCAUCGUCACGGAUUCCCUACCCAUCCUGAUUUCCGAUAUCCAUCAUGCUCCCAUCGCCAAGUGCAUCUCAAAGCGUGACCUCCUCAAAUUCACCACCCGGCUGUAUAUCGAGUACAGCUACAAACACGGCAAUACCCACACCGUUCCCUCCCCCAUGCUCAGAGGCCUCGCGGAGUAUCUGGCGUCCAGCACGUCAGACCCCAGCUACACGCUCGAGUCGGUAUGGUGGGAUGUGCAGGAGAUGAAGGAAGCGGCGGAUCUCGCGGAUGCCUGGCAUGCCUGCCUCGGUACGGACGCCCACCCGGAGCCCGUCUUUGCGUCCCUCCGUACUCUAUCCACCGAGGUCUUCCUCCCCCUACGCCGGGCCCAGCAGCAGAGGGAAGACGAGCCAUGGCGGUACGGAGACGACAGAAGACAGACACUGUUUGUCCCCCGGAAGCUUCCCCCUGCCAUCGCGAAUGCGCCCGCUGAAGCUCGGGAAGCGCUCGCCGGCUUCGUCACGGGUACCCCCUCCCUCCGCUCUGUCUGCUACUCGCAAGAGGGCGCGCUACAGCUCGAGGUCGAGAAGAAGGGCACGUGGCCGUCGCAAUCCACCAUCACCAUGCACGCGCCCCUUCAUUCCCGAACUUCCACCUCCCCUCUCGCUAUCCGGGCCGGCGUACCCUUCAGGCUCUACCUCGAGGACGGCCCGCCUGCGACCGCCUCCGAGUGCCGCGCGCCGCACGUACCUUGGAGCAUGGCAAAGGACGUUAUCGGGCGGGCCAUCACAAGCGCCGCGUCAAGGCCUCGGCGGACUGGUCCGAGGUCGUAUUUCGACCUGGAAUUCUGCGUCGAUCACAAGCCCCACCGCGAGCGCACAGGGCCUUGGGAGCAAGAUAUGCUGGUCCAUCGGGAUGCGGCGGCGGCGCUGGAGGUCGAGCUCAGGAUUAUGGCGGCAAAGACGUUCCGCCGUAAGGGCAAGCGAUGGGGUAAUAAGGACCGCCUGGUAGUUCGCGUACUUGCCGACUCGCCUUCGUGUGGUGCUUGUGGCUGGAUCGGGGACGAAUCAGCUUCUAUCGCUUCGGCAUCAACUGUGGACUCAGUGUCUGGUUCGGCCUAG